AUGAGUUUCGGAGACCACCAGUAUCUCAAACCGGAAUUGUUCAGCAGUUCGCUUGGUGUCGUCGAUACCUCCGUCAUCGUUCAUUGGAAUAGUCAAUUCCAGCAAGAUCCGGUUGAUCCUUCGAAAUGGACCAUGAUCCCGCUACCCGUAGUGAAUAAUACGCCUGCCAGAUGCAAGAGCUCAGCAAUGCUGGUCGCCAUACAACCGACACCGUGCAGUAACCUGAUCAAUUCAUUGUUCGAGUUGACGCCAGUCAGAUCCAUGUCGCCAUUGAAGUCAGCCUUAUUGGCCUUUGAAAGACCAAGUACUCAAAAGAGGAGGAAACGAGUCGCCUGUUCGUGCCCUAUCUGCAAGGAGAACGAGAAAAAGCCUUCGAAUGAGCGCAAAAAGUUUCACAUUUGUCACAUGCCGGACUGUGGCAAAACCUACGGCAAGACGUCGCAUCUUCGAGCGCACCUACGCUGGCAUGCUGGGGAACGACCAUUCAUUUGCGACUGGCCGUUUUGCAGCAAGCGCUUUACCCGCUCAGAUGAACUACAGCGGCACCGAAGAACUCAUACGGGAGAAAAGAACUUCGUCUGUACUGUGUGCCAGAAGAGAUUUAUUCGAAGCGACCAUCUGACGAAGCACAAAAGAACUCACUGUACACCCUGUUCAAGUACAACCGUGCCUGGAAAAAUGCUGUACAUCGACAGCCUUCCAAUGGCAUCGUCGUCGAAGACGAAAGUUGACGAAAACAACGUCAACGACUGUGACACCGCUGACGUUUCGACGACAGCGGCCGAAAUAAAACUCGACGAUCCAAACGUGCAGCGGUUGAAUGUCAGCGAUUUUUUGUUGUAA